UCCAUGGAAAAUGGCUGACGACGCAGUAGUAUAUAAUCCCAAAAUCUCCAUUGACUCGUGAUAAACAAUAAACCCGCAGGGCAACACAAGCCAACUGCCCCUGACCUCAUCUCCACAGCACCCCCAGUGCCCCAAAAAUCCCCAAAACAACGAUGAUAAACCCCAGUGCAACGUUGAAAAUUUCCAACGCGAGUGAUUAAUCCCCAGACUUCCGUCGUUCCGUCUGUCAAGACAGGCACGAACGAGUCUCAACCCGUUCUGACAUGUCGUGUCACGAGUAUCUCUGAUGAAUUAUUAUUGACACAAGUGCAAUUCUCUCGUGACCUUUAAAACCCAUGAAAAAAUCACUCAUUAUUCCCCAAAAAAUGGCGAUUACAUGUGAGUCUUAUUUUAAUAGUAAAUAAAAACAUCGUCACGCCUCGGCUAUUUUCCGUGACCGUAAAGUCUAUGCAACACGAUAACUUUCACUUCUCCCUCGGAUUUAAUCAUCAACAAUCAAUCAGGGGAACGUCGGUGGGAUAGCCUGUGAAUUGUUCCAUUCAGCAGUGUUUCUUAUUUCCCUUCGUGAAAAGAGACAUUUUAGUAAAGACAUUUCAGCGUGACUCAUCUCCCCCGCCCCAACGAUAAAAAAAAAAAAAAAAGUUGGUCUCACUUGUUUUGUUAAAUCUCGUACACAUCUGUUUGUCCUCGUCUUCAACACUCGAUUGCCUGGUUAAGAAGGCAUGUUAACGGGGCUAACAAGUGCAUCAGUAGGUAGUAGACGAAACGAGAGGUUGAAUUGGUAGUGUGUUUCACUGGCAGUGGUAUCAAUGUUCAAUGAGGGGAAUUAUUAAAAUGAUGAGAAAGAGACAUUAGGGGAAUUGAUCAGUUGUGAUAACUCACUCCAGUAUUUGGAGGCGAAUGGUAGAGAGAAUUGUGAUGUGAGUGGUAAAAUGCGUGUGAGGUUGUUUAAUUAUGGGACAGCAUUUAGCUAGCUUUCGAGAAUUCUUCAGAAUGAGUGGAAAACAAACGGAAGCGUUCAAUAACGAUUGUAACAGUCCUAAUAUCAACGAGAUGGGAAAUAAUGAUGUUGAUAAUCGUGAUAAUAAUGAGAGUAAUGGUAAUCAAAAUGGACAUGAUACAUUGGCGACCGAGGAUAAUAAGCAGAAUCGAAAUAUUGACAACGAACAGUUGAAUAUAUCAUUGGAUAAUCAUAAUGCUAGGUUUGAAACUAUUUAUAGUCAGCCCAUUGAGUCGCAGGAGCAAGUCAAGAUUUGUAGUAAUGGAAAUUUUGGAGGUGCCAAUGAGGUGGAUGUGAAGCAACAGGAGCCUGGCUGCAGCAGCUCGGGGGGAAGUAAUAGUAGUAGUAGUAGUAGUGCUGAGGAUAGUCCUGGUAAUCCGGUAUUGAGAAGAACUUCGAAGACACUUUCGUUUGGAAAGAGAAAAAGUAAACAACGUGAUAAAGAUCAAAAUCCAGUGUGCAAUCAUGCGUUAUCAUCCAAGAAGAAACGAACAAAUUGGGUCCUAAAAUUCAAUUGCGCGAAGAAUAAAGGAUCGAAAAAUACUGAUAUACCGGAGCAAUCGAAUAACAGCUCGGAGUGUGUUUGUACGGGUUAUAGAAGAACUGAGGAGCAUCCCAUGGGUGCUGGUGUUGUUUUUAACAACAGAUCAGCACCACAGAGCCCUGAAUUGGGACCACUACCACCUAGUCCUGUUAUCGAUUUAUCGAGGUUCAAUCCUGCUGAAUUUCCGAUGGAAGACUGCGACGAGAGAGCGAGACAGCAGAGAGCCAGGGAAAUGGAGGAGGGGGUGGAACCACCACCUGGUUAUCGGCCUAAUUAUUCAUCAGCUAUUCAGGUGCAUCCCAAUGGCAUCACUGUUGAUAGCCUAGCUGCGUUGUUUCAGGCACAUGCUGGUAUUCAAGCUGCUGCACUCACUGCAUUAUCACAGAUCGAUUUCACUCUAGUUCCAAACAUCGAAAGACCGGCCCAUACUCAGGUCGAUUACGUACACUGCCUAGUGCCAGAUUUGCGUUCAAUAACGGCCUGUUCGUUUUACUGGGGUAAAAUGGAUCGUUACGAAGCAGAACGUCUUCUAGACGGUAAACAAGAGGGCACAUUUCUCCUUAGAGACUCAGCCCAAGAGGAAUUUCUCUUCUCCGUGAGCUUUCGCAAAUACGGAAGAUCCCUUCAUGCGAGAAUUGAACAGUGGAAUCACAAAUUCAGCUUUGACUCACACGACCCCGGUGUUUACGCCUCUGAAACGGUCUGUGGCCUGAUUGAACAUUACAAGGAUCCAUCUUGCUGCAUGUUCUUUGAGCCAAUGUUGACAAUUCCACUGCAUCGGAAUUUUGCAUUUCCACUUCAGCAUCUCUGUCGUGCUGUCAUUACAACGAGAACAACUUACGACGGCAUAAACAAGUUACAGCUGCCAAAGACACUUAAAAGUUAUCUCAAAGAGUAUCAUUACAAGCAGAGGGUACGUGUGAGACGAUUGGACAGUGAGAAUGAUAUUAUGAUGGACAGUAGAUCCAUUUCUUAUCUACCGGUGAUUUGAAUAGCAUUAUGUUUUCAUUGUGCGUCGAUUAUUUUAUUAUUGUGAAUAUUGAUUUUAGAGAGGAAGUGAGAAAAUGGCAAUUGAAUUGAUCAUUUCUAAUGACAAAUUUUUUUCGGCCGAGAACAUUUGAAAUAACUAAUUUCCAAGUUUUCAACUCAAAGCACUCGUUAUUGUGAGGAUUUGGGAUUGGAGAAGGGGUUGGAAUUGUUUUUGAGAUCUUGUUUGUUGGGAAAAUUUUGAUAUGUCUCUUAAAUUCAGAAAUAUUCGGGAAAAACUUGUUUUUUUUUCUACAGUGAAAUUGAAUCAUCGUGUUUUUAAAACAUACAAAUAUUUCAAAUAUUUCAUAAUCUAAGAGAGAGAUUCGACAUUUUCUUCAAAAAUCAAAAUCGAAAAAUCGAAAACUUGUUUCAAAUUAUAUUUUAUUUUAUUCUUUUCGUGAAUAAUUGUGAAUUUUUAAAAAUGUCAAAAGCAUUUUCGAUUUAAAUAUUAUUCUUGAAAACAGUUUUUCUCACUUCCCCACUAAAUUUGAGGAUGGAUUCAUCAUAAAAAAAUCAUAUUGUCAUCAUCCUCGUGUUUUUUAUUAUCGAUAUAACAUCGAAGAGAGCAUUGUUUUGUUUGAAGAGUUGAUAAUCAGGAAUUUGUAAAAGUUUAUUUGCAUUCUAGAAUGGAUGACAGCUUUUAGAGGAUAAUAAUUCACAGUCUCCAAACAGUAUUGGAAGGUAGUAAAGGGUAUCCAUAUGUUAAUCACAAUUUUUGCAGUUAAUUAAUGAUUUAUGUGUAUCGAUAGAAGGUGAAUUUAUUACUCAACAAGCAAGGAAAGCUUUACUCCAUAACGUGAUUUAUUACUUUCAACAUCGUGCUCAUGAUUAAUAAUUAUUUAAUGCAUUAAAAUGUGAAAAUAACUCUUCCCAAGGAUCGCGUCAUUCACGUGACACAUUUAUUACUAAUCCUAUCGUGCCUACUUCUAUUAUCAAUAAUCAUGUAUGAUGUGUAUUUACUAUUAAUUAAUUAAUUAAUUAAUUGAUUAAUUGAUUGAUUGAUUAAUUCAUUUGUUGAAAAGUGGUGAGUGAUUUUUUCAUUCAGUUAAAUUAAUUUUCAUGAAAUUAUUAAUCUAUUGAUGAUGGCUGAAAUUCAGCUGAUGAUUCGGUGAUUAAAAUUUCAUCCAAAACUAGUGGAAAAACCAACUAAUGUGAAUCAAAUGAGAGUUUUUAUUUUUAUCGAUAAAAAUUAUUAUUAAAGUAAAAAAUGAAUUAGGUGAAUUUAAGAAAUAGCCUAAGGAUGGAAAAUUGGCAGCUAAUUAGAGGUUAAUAACCGAGGGAAACAAGUGAAAAAGAAUGAAUUGUUGAGCGACAAAUUAUUGGUUUAAUAAUUCUGUCUUCUGUCUGUCGUUGAUUAUUUCAAAUGAUUACGAUUCUUCACAUGGAUGAAGAAUUGAUAUUUAUUGACCAUAUAUUCAUGAUGACACUCGGACCAAGGCUUCUUUCUACUUGUGUUGUAUCGAUUAUGUGAGACACUUGUCUCGAUAAUAAUGAGUGAAACAAAUAGACACAAAUUUCAAGUUCAACUAAUGAUGGAGAAAAAUCGAAAAAAGCGUAGAAUAUUCCGAGACUAAUGAGCAAAAUGGUGAAUUGUAUAAAAAACGACGAAGUUGAUUAUUCUAUCCCUGUUGAAGAGAGAAAAAAAAUUGUUGACAAUGUCGGUAUUAAAAUCACCGCCCAAAACUUACAAUUAAACAAAAAAGACUGAGAAAAGAAAUAAUUGAUUAUUGCCAAAAUAUCUGUAUUUAGCCUGAUUUUCGAUAUAACAAAUUGAUAAGAAUAGAGAUUAAUUAAUUGUCACAGUUUUAUCAUUCAAGCAAUAUAGUUAUGGAUAUGUAAAUAAUGUAGGUUGGUUUAUUCUAUUGUAAGCUCUGCCCCGCCCGUGUGCACAGGUAGUUUGAGUAAUCCAUGUUAACAAUUGUAAUUAUUAUUGGCGAAUAAAUAAACUUGUGGUAGUAGGUAA